CAGACGAAAACUACCGGUCUCAACGGGGAAGAAUUUACACGUUGGAACGAGAUAACUGCAAUUGAGAACUGAGAUGUCCAUAACUUUCAGAUUGGCCAGAAGCUUCAAGUCAUUUGAUAGACUCACUCGUUUCCAUCUCUACAGAACAAUGUCGAGCCAAGGUUUCUUAGUAGAUCAUCCCCGUUACGCCUUCCUCAAAGAAGAUCUUGGUCUGGAGUCAUUCAAUCAGGGAGUUUACAAUGGGAAAUGGUUCGCCAAUGGAAUGGUGGUCCAAUCAGUUUCACCAGCCACAGGUGAAGUCAUCGCUGAAGUCUCUCAAGGCAACGUAGAUGAUUACGAUGCUUGUGUUGUGGAGGCAAGGAAGGCAUGGAGCACUUGGGCUGAUGUCCCCGCUCCCAAACGGGGAGAGAUUGUCAGGCAGAUUGGAGUUGCGCUGAGAGAAAAGUUGGAGCCUCUUGGCAAGCUUGUCUCGAUGGAAAUGGGUAAAAUUCUCCCCGAAGGUGUCGGAGAAGUUCAAGAGUAUGUCGACAUUUGCGAUUACGCAGUCGGCCUCUCGCGAAUGUUUGAGGGCAAAGUAAUUCCAUCAGAGAGACCCAAUCACACCCUGCUGGAAAUGUGGAAUCCUUUGGGAACCAUUGGCAUCAUUUCGGCCUUCAACUUUCCUGUCGCCGUUUACGGCUGGAACAACGCCCUCUCCAUGAUUUGUGGCAAUACGAUGAUCUGGAAAGGCGCUCCUUCCACACCCUUGUGCAGCAUCGCCACCACCAAGAUUGUGGCCCAGGUGCUGGAAAAGAACAACCUGCCAGGCGCCAUUUGCAGUCUCAUCUGUGGUGGAGCUGAUGUCGGCAGUGCCAUGGCCAACGACCCCCGUCUACCUCUCAUCUCGUUCACUGGCAGCACCAAAGUUGGCAAGCAAGUGGCUGUGGCCGUCCAGAGCCGAUUCGGUCGCAAUUUGCUCGAACUGGGCGGCAACAACGCCAUUCUGGUCGACGAGAGUGCCCCAAUCGAUCUAGUCAUCCGGGCGUCCGUUUUCUCCUGUGCUGGAACCUCUGGCCAGCGCUGCACCACCACCCGUCGUCUCAUUUUACACGACAAGGUCUACGACACGGUCCUGGCCGGUUUGGUCAAAGCCUACGAGCAGCUUUUGCCCAGAAUGGGCGAUCCCCUAGAGUCUGGCGUCCUGCUGGGCCCCCUGCACAAUCAGGCGGCCGUCGAUUCGUUCACUGCCACCAUCAAAGAAGCCGAGGCCCUGGGCGGCCAUGUGGUUUUCGGCGGCAAAAUCAUGACGGACCGUCCCGGCUUCUUUGUCCAGCCGACCAUCAUCACGGGAUUGAAGCCGACGGCGUCUGUGGUCAUGAGCGAAUGUUUCGCUCCCAUUCUCUACGUGCUCAAGUGCCAGGACAUGGACGAGGCCAUGGCCAUCAACAACAGCGUCGACCAAGGUCUCUCGUCCAGUAUGUUCACCCAGAACCUCGGCCAGAUCUUCAAGUGGCUGGGACCGAAAGGAUCGGACUGCGGGAUCGUCAACGUCAACAUCGGGACGAGCGGAGCCGAGAUUGGCGGCGCUUUUGGCGGUGAGAAACACACGGGAGGCGGCCGGGAGUCUGGAUCGGAUUCCUGGAAGCAGUACAUGCGCCGCAGCACUUGCACAAUCAAUUACGGCAAGGAUUUGCCACUCGCUCAAGGCAUCAAAUUCGAAUGAAACAAGAAGAAGGAAAUGUUGAUUUGAUUUGUUUAUUUUUGAAAUAAUAAUUUGGGUUCAGAAUACUCUAUUCAGCGCUUGAUCAGAUAUACAAAUAACAAGAUGGUAUUACUAAAGUUGUCACGUAACGCGUUAUAAAAUACAGCUAAUGUUAACAUUUGG